UGUUCAAAGCGAGUUUCGCGUGAGCAUUAUUACCGAAAACAUAUUUUGUAGCGAUAUAUUGUAAAAAAAGAUUUGAAUAAUCGCUGGGAGCACAGAUAUCACGAAACAGCUCGACCGAGUGAAACUGGUACAUAUUAGCACUUCAAGAAUCACAACCGCCAUUGUGUCCUUUGCGAUUUCAAUUCGUUAACAGUGAGUUUCGCGCGCAUUCAUCGCCGGAAGUGUCGUAUGUUUACGCGGCGAAGUGUCGUCAAAUAAUUGUCGAAAAUGGAUAUCUCUUGCAAAGAGUCGUCGAGUAGCUUCGCUUAAAUCGUCGAGCUUCACUUUUUCGAACCAUCAAAGAAGAGUUUCGCGCGCGAGAUAUUCGGGAAUGUCGAAAGUAAAUUUCGUACGUUGCAUGGUGGAGUCAGCAGUUUGGUGAAGAACGCGAGGUUUACCAUAUAAUACAGCUCGAAGGUCAAAUCGUAAUAUGCUAAGCUUUCAACCAGUCCUAUGGAGCUAAGGUUGGUCAAUGGUCCAGGCAUACAAUACCUAAUGACAAUCCCAACAAUGACACUUAGAUAUCAUGCAUUAGAAAAACAAAGGACUUGGGCUAUGGGAUCUUGGUGCUGAAUAUAAACAAUUUAAAAAUCAUUGCUGGAAAACUACAUGCCACACAUCAUGAAUAAUAAAGAUGGUUAUGAGUAUUUUAACCAUGUGGAACUACAUUCAAGAUUUCAAAACCAAGAAUAUUGCUAUCAUUGCUCAUAAAUCUGGAAAAGAUUGUGAGAUGAUAUUCGAGGAACGGUUUAAGGAUAGAGUCUUUACGAUAGCUUUACUAGAUUCCAUGCGUGUCAUAUAUUGGAAAGACAAAGUUGAAAAAUAUUUGCCAAAGCGGAUCAUAUACAAAUUAAAAAAGUAUACUGGAGGAAACAUCCCCUCCAAAGAGCUUCAUACAAUGAAUUAUUUCUCGUUACAGAUGAUAAUGAUCGUGAAAAGUUACCAUUUCUUUAUAUCAUAUCGAUGUUUGAUUGCAUACCAAGUCGAUAUUUUCUUGUCAGCAAGGUUCCCUGAUUUUCCUGAUAAUAUCGAUGAUAAUCCAGUAUGCAAUAAAAAUAAAACGGAAAAGUUAUUUAAUUUUACCUAUAUUACAGACAAAGUACUAAGCAAUAAUGUUACGCUUUAAUUAACUUCAAAAUGUAUACUUUCUUUUUCUCAAUGAUUCUUAAAAUCAUUACUUACAAUAUAAUAUAUUGUUGCUGAGAUCAUCAUUUAUUCAAGAUUAUUAUUCGUCAUUCAUAAAGACAUAUAAGAUAUAUAUUAUUAAUGACAUUAUUGUAUAUUAAUAACGCUUAAUGACACAUUUCGGCAGAUUUUCCAAAAUCCAUGUACAAAAUGUGUGCUUUUCGUUUUUUUAUUUGAUAUUCCUCUGAAUAUUUUGAUAUUUUACACGCAAAAUAGAAUAUCGUGUCGUACUAUCGAUUUUUGGUUUGAUGCCUAUCCUAUAUAAUAUUCGUUAAUCCAAUCUGUGUGUCGCGGGAGCGGUCCGUUUCCAGAGACAAGAAGCAGACCAAUACGCGGCGCACCUAAUUGCGUUAUAGUAAUUACGUUAUACGCGUUUCAGGCAAUAACAUCCCACCGAACAAUAAUACUGUACAGAUACCGACGUUAUUACGCGCGAAACAAUUACUAAAUCGUAAUGAGCGACGUAUUUGCAAAGGUCCAUUGUAAUUAGCUCCCACGCCUCAGAUUGAAUUACAUAGUUUGAAUAUCGUGAGCCACGAAGGAUGACGAUUGUUUAUAUGCACGCUAAUGAAUUUUGUACUUGACAUUACGAUCAUACAAAUCAUGAUAAUUUAAUACAGAAUAUUAUGUAAUAAAAACUGUGUUCAAUACGAA